AUGGUUCUCACGCACACGACCAAUCAUACCUAUUCACACCCUUUCCCGACCGUGACUUUAGCCUUCUUCCUCCGGUACUACUCGCCACGUCUCAAUCCCUUCUCCAGUCAUGUCCUUUCCACAGACACCAUCUCGUCGCAUGUCGACCCAGAAACGGGCCGCCUGCACACGACUCGCGUCCACAUGAAGAAGACCCGCUUGCCCUCCGCCGUAGUAAAGCUCCUUCCUAGCAGCGUUACUGGUGGAGGUGGCGACAAGUCGAGCUAUGUCCUCGAGACUAGUGUCGUGGAUAUCAAAGAGGGUUGGAUGAAGACGGAGAGUCGGAAUCUGAAUUAUACGGGUGUUCUGAGCGUAGUCGAGGAGCAACACUAUUCAACCACCUCUCCCGACCAAGCUACGUCAUCCUCAUUGUCAGGUUCUGGGACCGUCGGAAGCCCUCGUACUCCUACAGCCCACCGACACCUAGCUCCCAACACCUUUGUUACAACUACGUUUUCCUACAGAUCUACAUUGGGCGGAAAGAAGCACGAAAAAGCUGCGACAGAAUCUACAGAUUCAAAUGAUGAGUCUGGCACACGACGAUUUGGCGAGUGGAUUUCGGGAUGGGGUGCCAAGCGGAUCCAAAGCAGCAUUGAAUCCAUUGCUUCGAACAAGACAGACGACCAGAUACUCAAAUCGCGCGACGGGAUGCGCAUCGUCUUGGAGCGACUGCGGAGCAAUGGCGUCGUCGCUGUACUCAGGGAGCUCAGGCGACGAGAAGGAAACGUCUUUGAGCAGUGA